AUCCCCUUUUAAAUCCACUGGAAGCUUUAUUAACUAGCCUCCAUUCAAGGGGGAAGGGGUAGUGACCCGGAAGGAAGAAACAACCGUUACCAGAAGAACCUCCCGAACCCGGCGCGUUCAUUUGUUUUCGCCACGACAGUGACGUAACACUUUUAAUUAAUUUCCGUUUCUUUUUAGGUGAGUGCAAACCUCCUCCCGUCUCCCGUCGCCCCAUUAAUAAACAUGGAGGAGUUCGGCGAUUUGUCGGCACUUUUAUCGGGUCGCACCGGUUCAAUUGUCGACACAAUCGUCUCUACAGAUGAACUCAGCACCCCCGUAUUCGAUUUCAAAGGACCGUUUAAUUAUUUGUCGCCGGAACGUCACGAGAACCACGAGGACGACGAGAUCAGUAUCAAACUCGAGUCGUCCAGUAUCCCUAGUAAUAAUGGUGACUAUCGUCACUCGUCGUAUCUUAUUAAUAAUAAUAAUCAUAAUAAUAACAACAACGUGGACAUCUUCGAGCAAAUGGCCAACUUUAAUAAUAACCGCCACAACUGUAGUACAACCGAUAAUGGAAGUAAGGUAGUUUUACAUGUACAGCAGCAGCAGCAGCAGCAGAAGAUGGAGCAGUCUCCGCAGGACGACCGUUAUUCUUACAUAUCGUCCCCGGAGUUGGCGGUACCGGAGCGUUUCGAUCACGCGUACCAUCGGGCCGCCUCCAGGCCCGCCGCCCUUCAUUUGGCCACCUUUCAGCCGCCUUGUAAGGCCGGAACCACCGACGCCCUUGUACUCAACACUCCCGAUGUUAUCGAGGGAGUGGUCAGUAUGGGCACCGAGUUUAAUAUCCUCGAUUUGGUCAAUAAUGAGGACAUAACGGUGGUGAGCGCCGACUCUGAAUUUCUCACGUCCCUCGCCAGUGCUCACACGUCGAAUCCCUCCACGCCGCCCUCCAAGGAGGCCUCCAGAAAACGCGCCGGCUCUCCCUCCUCGUCCUCCUCACUACACUCAGAGGAGGAGGAGGGGGAGGACGAGGAGUGGAUGCCCCCCACCACCCCCACAAUUAAAUACAGCGAACUCGACCACUUGCCUCCGGUGAAAAAGAGACGCGGGAGGCCCCCGAAACGUCCCGAUUCGGUUACUAGUGGGGAAUCGGGAGACGUAUCGAAAUACCGGGAAUUACGGGAUAAAAAUAACGAGGCCUCCCGCAAAUCCCGCCUAAAGAGGAAGAUUAAGGAAAAGGAGUACGAACGUGAGGCGGACGAGUUACAGAUGAGGAACGUGAGGCUCAAAGCGCAAGUGGAGGAGCUGGAGAAAAUGGUCAGCACCUUUCGGAAUAAUUUGUUCAAGAUUUUAGUGAGGAAGUAAAUUGAUGUGGCGCCACCUCGCGGUGAAACCAUUAAUUGAGAGAUAGAUGACUGUGAUAAUGAAGAGAGAAAUUGUUAUUUUUUUGACGUGAAUGAGACAGUAGGCUACGGCGCUACAAUGUAGCGCUCUUAGUGGCAAUUCGUCCUUAUGUUGCUAGUAGUUAUAUGUGGCAUUUUGUAUACUUAACCUCACUAUUUAUGUUGUUGUAAGAAACUGACCAUUUUUUUUUUUUAGGUUAUAGUGUGAAUAUGUUUUAAGUGCUUAAUUGGAACUUUGCCCCACUCUCUUAUAGUGUUUUUUUGUAUUUUAUAUAUUAUUAUUAUUAGUCCUUAUGUUUGUUUGUUGGGUAUUAAUAAAUAAAGUUUAUUUGCUGACUUAUUUUGUAAAAAAAAAAACGAAUAAAUAAAUUCAGUA